GUCCUACAGAUCACUAUAUAUGUCACCUACAGGCUUCCUCACUCUAAAUGGGACCCGGCGUUGCACGGUGUAAUGUCUCUGUGGGAGAUGACCCGUUUGAUCAACAUGCUGAUUGUCUUCCGCUUCCUGCGCAUCAUCCCUGAUAUCAAGCUCAUGGCUUUAGUUGCAAGCACGCUGUUGGACUUGGUGAAGAACCUGCGAGCCUUCGCAGGGAUACUGAUGGUGGUGUACUACGUGUUUGCUGUUUUUGGGAUCUGGCUGUUUGAGGGAGCCAUUAAACCUCCUCCAGAGAUCAGGUACGACGUCACCUGCAGUAAGAGCACAUCAACAAGGCUCGUGACUUGAAGGUUUUGUGCACUGCUUUUUGCAAACAGCGAGGAAAGAUUAUAGAAAAAAAGAGAUUUAAAGUUAGUGAAACCUGGUAGUUUACACAGAAUGUGGCAUUUUGUUUCUUAAGCAGCCUGACGAA